AUGUCUGACUAUAACGCCACCGAUCUCAACUCGAUCCUCCAGACGCUCUCUGCCUUCUCCAACCAACAGUCCCAAUCUCAACCCCAAUCCCAAUAUCAACCUCCCCCCACAGAGCCUCCCAAAGACACCAACACCAACGACGACUCGUACGAACCACCAGACUCUUUCCCCUCGUCACACAAUGAAUCCCUUCAGAAUGUACCCAUACCCUCACAGAGUCUAACACCUCCCUCCCCUCAAACCCUUCCUCGCCCCCGUCCAACACCCCCUCAAACCCAGUCCCAUUCGCAAGCCCAGGACACCUCCUCCAUCACGACCUGGCCCGCCGCACUGCAACACGUCAUGCGCGCCAUGUCGCAGAACGAGGACCUGCAGCGGCGCAUCCGCCGGCUGAUCCAGCGCCAGCACGACCACGAGCGCCAGUGGUGGCAGGGCCGGGAGGCGCUGUGCGCGAAGCAGCGCGCCCGCGGGGAGAAGAAGAAGGAGCUUGAUGCCGUUUUACGCUCUGUCGGCGCGCCCGUGGAUGACAGUCAGGUCUCGGUAGACCGCCGAAGAAGACCAGGCGGAACUCCAAAACUACGACGCAAAGGUCUACCGCGCGUCUAG